UGACAGUCAGUCUACCCUGAGCCCUGCUGGAUAGUAGCUGUGAGAAGCUGAUCCCUGAGCCUCUUGUAACUCCAUCCUACUACAUACAGCCCACCAUGGAUGUCAAAGUACUGGCUGUGUUGGUCCUACUGGCUGUGGCCUUGGAUGUACCUCCCUCUACGGCGAAGCCCAUCAGCCUGGUAGAGAGGUGCUGGUGUCGCUCCACUCUCAACACCGUCCCUCAGAGGAGCAUCAGAGAGCUCAAGUUCCUUCACACACCCAACUGCCCUUUCCAAGUCAUUGCCAAGCUGAAGAACAACAGGGAGGUGUGCAUUAACCCCGAGACCAAAUGGCUGCAGACGUACCUGAAGAAUGCCAUUAACAAGGUGAAGAAGUCCAGAAGACGUGCUCAGUAAAGGAUACGUAUACACUAUCCUGACCGGCCCGAAGUGCCCCAGUCCCAGGCCAGCUCUCCUCCUCCUCCUCCUCCUCCUCCUCUACUCAGAUAUGUAACUCUGUAGCUACACGUCUCUGCUCUGGAACACUCUGGAAUGCUCUGGAAUGUUCUGGAACAUUCUGGAAUGCUCUGGAACGCUUGCAAAACCAGCACUUCACCGCCAGACCGACCAUGAUGCCUUGCUGCUGCUGCUGACCCCGCAGCCACCCUGCCUCCCACGCUGCAGACACCUCUCCUCACGCUGUUAGCACCAAGUGCAUAUACCUAAUUAUAUCGGAAUGUGUGAGUACGUGUGUAAAGAGUGUGUGAGUACGUGUGUAAAGAGUGUGUGAGCGCAGUGUGGUUGUUCUUUGUGUGUGUGUGUGUGUGUCUGAACUGAGUGUGUAAGUGUACGUCUGUAUAUAAAGUAUUUUUCCUACUUUUACAAGAGGCAGUAAAGGGACAUUUAAUGUUUUUACACCCGGCUCACCGUCUCAAUUGUGCUGAGCAAGGACUUGUGGGUAUCACCAGGGGUGGGCUCUGACUGAGGGGUCACAGGAUAGGAACAGGAAUGAGCCAUCCAACGGUUGAGCCCACUCUGUAAGAGGCGACCAAUCAGGGCUGAUCAAACAUUCAUAACAGGGGAAAUAGAUAGUCACCCUAACUGAUCCAAGGUCAGAUGUUGUUUAAUCCCUGAUGGUUAAGGCUAGGAUGGUAGGGAAGGAAAUCUUAGAUCUGUGGUCAGGGGCAACUUCUAUGUCAAGCCUUAACAAGCAUUCCAGUCUAGCCAAGACAAUGGCGGACAUGCAUUGAUUCAGGUGUUUCAACUCAAGGGAUCAGAAGACAUUAGUUUGAAGUGAUACAUAUAUUUUAGGGAAGGGAGGCUGUGCACUGAAUCACAUUGAGUUUCCAUUCACAAGAACAGACCGGUGAAGAUCCCAAUCAGACGAUGCGUACAGGCCAGGGGUUUCUAACCUCUCCUCGGUGACCACCAGACGUUUCACAAUUUAGUUGUAGCCCAGAACUAACUCACCUGAUUCACCUAUUCAAGGCUGGUUAGUUGACAAGUUGAAUCAGGUGUGUUAGCUGUGGAAUAGAUCAAAUACAUGGAACGACUGGGGGUCCCCGAGGAGAGGUUUGAAAACCAGUGCUGUAAUAAAGGGAAAGUUAUCUGCUGUAAUACAAGCCGACAGCCUUUAUUGGAGGCAGACAAUUCUGUAUUACAGUUCAGUCCUGUGCCGAAUAGAAAAGCCCACACAAUUAGAAGAGUAACUUAA